AAGAACAUUCGCGAGUAAAAUGUGGAACCAAGGUAAAUAUGGUGAGGCCAGUAUGGUGGGAUACACACAGUCUCCAGGAGGAUUUGGAUCCCCAGCCGCUUCUCAGGGAGGAGACAAGAAAGGGAGAUCCCGAGCGCAGCAGAUCGUUCCCUGCACGGUCUCUCAGCUGAUGUCUGCAGUGCAGGCGGAGGACGUCUUUAAAGUGGGAGAGGUAGAGAUCGCACAGGUAACUAUUGUUGGUGUCAUCAGAAGCACUGAUAAAUCCACGAUCAACAUCCAGUAUAAGGUGGACGACAUGACUGCGGCGCCCAUGGACGUCAAGCAGUGGAUCGACACAGAGGACAUGGGUGUGGAUAACUCUGUGAUUCCUCCAAGCACUUAUGUCAAAGUCUCCGGCAACCUCCGCUCUUUUCAGAAUAACAGGUCUUUGGUUGCGUUCAGCGUGCGAGUGCUGGAGGACAUGAAUGAAGUCACUUCACAUAUGCUGGAGGUGGUGAACGCUCAUAUGCUGCUGGGCAAACCACAGAACAUGGGAGGGGGCGGAGCGAUGAACACGUUGGCCGUGUCUCAUACUAGCAUGGCUAGCAUAGGGUCUGCAGGAAGCUAUUCUGGUGCGAAUAUGCUAGUCAAUGGUUUGAGUGCCAACCAGAACCAGGUUUUGGGCCUGAUCAAGAGUUGUCACGAGCCUCAAGGCAUCAGCAUGCAGGACCUCAAGCAGAAGCUGAAUAGCAUGAGCGUCAAUGUUAUCAGGCAAAUUGUGGACUUUCUCAGCAACGAGGGACACAUUUUCUCCACCAUUGAUGAGGACCACUUCAGAUCAACAGACAAUGAAGCCUAAUUACCUUUCAGUCAUAUCUGUUACCAGACCUCAAUAAGCCCAUUUCAUAUCUAUGUAGUUUUCAAGGAAAACAAGCAAAAAUAUAUAUAACCAUAUAUUUCAGUUCUUUUUGGUAUUUUUUUAUUAAAAGCAUACACAUUUACAAACUUAAUUCUGUUCUUUACAUUUCAGCAUGUACUAAGGAAUAAGCAGUACAAACGACAUUGCCUAAUUUACAUUAAAGUGUAUAUUUCUUAAAGCUUGCAUUGGCACAACUUUGAGUAUUUAGAUGCAUAGAAAAGUAUUUCAUAUUUGUGCUGUGGAGUCUCCAUAUUGGCUGGUGCUUUGUAUGAUUUCUUUGAGUUUUUACACUUCUUGUUAUGAAGACACAGUAGCUGUUUUCAUUUAACAUGAAUACAAAGUGUCCUUGUUCUAAUAGAAAAUGCUUUCAUGGGGAUUUUUAAAUGUGUCCUCGAUAGACUCGUAGUCGUGGUCAGAGUCAGAGAGUCUCCUUGCUUUUUUUGGUGGAAGGAAAGAAAAGGAUCCGAUUAAAAUCUACAUCUUUUAGUUUUCUGAUUUUGGGUCAUUGCUGUUCAAAGAUGUUAAAAAUCAUGAAAGUAUUAAAUAUCUCAAUGUAAAGACAAA